AACAUUUCUACAAACUUAUUUUUAAAUUAAUUAUCUAUUCUGGAGGAGGUUUCCACGGUUGCCAAGCAACCAAACCACGCUUCCGCGUGCUCCGGACGGCUGCUCCGUGGACUACAUUAUUAAUGGAGCCACAGACAUGAAACCUGUCUGACAAACCAUAUGUCAAGCAGGGAAGAAGGAGAAUACAACACUUAGUUUAGUGAUAACUCCAAUAGCUCAUCGUCGGAUCAGUAUGCUGGAGGAGACGAUCACAAAUAUCCCUUUAACACAGAUGAAGGGCCCGUGAGACCGUGCGCAUGGAAGGAGAUUCAGAAGAAUCAGAUGAGGAUGUUCAAGAAGAGCCCACAGUUUUAUGGGAGAGGUGUUUUCAGCAGAGCAUCUUCGUAGACCUCAGUGAGGAUGAAAGCAUCCACCUCAGUGAUCUAGACAAUUCUUUGGCUUUGCAUCUGUCUCAAGUAGAGUCUGUACCCUCUGAGCACAGCAUCCAUCUCAGUGGAAGUGCAGAGCUGUCUGCGUUGGACGACUCCCCAUCUGAGAGCAGUCAGUCCAGCAGUAACUGUGAGAAUGUGACUGAAGGAAAAACAGGGAGCAGUAAGUUACAAAUGUCACCUCAGAGACCAAACACUUUACAUAAUGAGUUACCCAGAAAACCUGAGUGUGGAGAAUCAGGAGAAAAUACCAGUGAUGAGGAUCAGGAGGAUUUACCCUACGAUGGUGAUGAUGGAAGCCCGUACUUCAACCAGACAACCAGCUCAGAGGAAAACUCUGACGGAGGGCACACCAUUCAUGGGAGUCCUGAUCCUCCAUCAAUCCACAAAGAGACCAAUGCUGAUGAAGAAGAAUCCUCUCCAGCUGCUAAAGUGGCCGAGCAUUGUUCAGAUCUGACGAACAUCAAUCAUUUGCUGCUCCAGCAUUUCUCCCAGGAGGAGUUGCUGCGAUCCGGACGUCUGAUUGAAGCAGAGACGCUGCCUGAAGUGUCUCUGCUGGAGAGCGUGGUCGACACCGUUCUCAGCUUCUCUACACACAAUGACGCCGCGGGUUUGAGUAAGCAAACAGAAAGUUCUGAGGAAAGAAGUGAUUCCAAAUCAAACAAUGAAAGCUCAGAGGGGAAGACAGAAAAGGAAAUUGAUCAUCCAACAUCUAAUGCUUCUGACAGAGAAGCGCCCACCACUGACAGCUCAAACCCGAGCAUUCAGAACGUGAAUGCAGAUCAGUUGGAGCUUGAUGACAACAAAGAGGAAAAGCAGAGAGUUCCUCUGAUGCGGACCAGAUCUCUUGGGGAGAUUAAAUACGGUCAAGGCAAAGUUCACUAUCGUCUUCCCGACUUUUCCAAAGUUGCUCCUAAGGUAAAAAUCCCUAAAGCUCCAAGUGGAGCCGUGAAGUCCGUCCCUCCCUGCUCUGUGCACAGAGCCCAGUCUUCCCCUGACAUCUUAGACGUGAUCAGCAGAGUCCUGGAGGACUUUGUCCAACCUUCAGAGACGGCCUACGUCUUCAGACACACUCCACCAGCACCGAUGCCUCCACUGGAGGAUGACAAGUUAAUAACCAAGUACACAACAGGAGAGAAUCAGAAAGACACACUCAGACAAGAAACCAAAAUCCAGCUGUUAAUGGAACAUGAGCAACACUUAGUCUAUCCAGGAAGUAAUGAUGAGGACAAAGAGGAAGAAGUUACAUGUGUUGAAAAAAGUCUUUUUCACUGCUUCACUCCCCAUCUUCCACUAACAGAAAGCCUUUGUGAACAAACAGGAGAAAAACCAGACCAUGAAAGUAUGAAGGAGGAGGACUCGUUUUUGUCAAAUCAUUUAGAAGAUGUUCAGAGUGACGGCGAGAGAAUGACAGCCGAGCUGAGAGACAUCAUCAGUCAGUUUAUGCAGAAGACGGAGGAGUUUAAAUCUAAUGUUACCAACAUGACUGUGAGCACAGAUGAACAGCAAAUGAUUUUGAGGAGCAUGAUGGAGGCUCAGGACCACCUGGAACGCAAAUACAUCAGUAAGAAGGAGGAGCACAGAGCUCUGGAGAUGCAGAACUACAUGGGUCUGUCCAGGAACACGGGCACCUUUGACCCAGACAGGCAGCUGGAGGGAGACAUCUUCAGGAUCGGGAUGAACCUGGAGGACAUCAAGGAAAUGAUUGACAAGAACGUGUACGAGCAGAUGUCUGUACCCCACCCAUCCUCCACCCCCACGAUGAAGACUGCUCCAUUUAGCACCCCCUCACCCCCUCCACCCCUGCAUCAGGAGGUGGGGGAAGGUUUUCAAACAAUGAACUGUGAGACAGACUCUCAGGUGGAACAAGAAGAAGAAGAAGAAGAGCUGAAGGAGAUGAAGAACUUUAGUGAGGUCCAUUCGAACGAAUGGAUCCAAAGCAGUGAGGUCAUUGAUGACGAUAUUGGACUCAGCAGCUACAGUUCACGGGACAUAGUGGAGGAACCAGACGUCCAGAGAGACAGCGAGGAGCACAGGGCCUCCGUUUUUCAGGAGGUGAUAGAUGACAGUGACGUCCUUACAUGCCUGAGCGGACAUACUUCCGAGUCAGGAGGGAGGCGGUCGGCAGCCAACAGUGAUCUGAGCCCCGUCGGGGAUCAGGGUGACAGUCUGGCAGUGGAGGUCUCCUUUUCCUCUGAAGCUCCUGCAGACUCGGACAGCCAUGGCCUCUCAGAACCCUCACCACCCAUCUCAUGUGUGUCACAGACGCAGAGGAUCAUAAGCCCAGAGACAGACAGUGGAUUUGGCAGUUCCUACUUGACUCAGUCGGCUUCUGGUGAAUUAAAUCUGCUUACGGGGAGCGAGGUUACGAGUGGCUCAGACAGUGAAGGUUCCAACCCUCCGACAGCCAUCCACUAUCGGAUAAAUGGUCGGUGGUCCAGCCCCCACGCAUGCGUCCAAACACAGCACUGUGGAGUAGAGGAGCUGUGGUUGGAGAGCAAGGAACCUCCACUCAGAAUGCAAGGAAGAGAGCUGCUGGUCCACCACAGAUCUGAUCCUACACCCCGAACCGCCAUGGAUCCUGGAGACCGGGGCAGCCCACUGCCCUCCUGCUCUUGCAACAGUGACGCGAUCCUGGCCCUGCAGUCAGAGGUUUCACAGCUGAAGAAGGACCUCGAGGAGGGUUUGGUCCAGCUGCCUCACCUAGCCAAGAAGAUGGACUAUCUCACCUCAAAGUACGGGCGAGAACGUCAGGAGCGCAGAAGUAAACUCAAGCCCCACCAAGCAGCAGCGUCAAGCAGGGUCAGAACCAGCAGGAGAACUUUGAGUGAACUCAGCAGCAGUCAGCUGAGGACAGAGGACUGGAUCUCUUCGGACAUGGACUCCAGUGAAAGCACAGGUUCUGUCCGCACAAACUCCUCUGAUGUUCUGCACCAUUCACCAGAGGGGAGCAGAAGAGCCGAGAGACAGGUUCACUCCUUGUCAGAGUUUCAAGAUAAGCUUCAUCUCACUAAGCACUCCAGAAGAGGAAGGAGAGUGGAAAACUUAAAUCUUCAGGGAGAAGAUUCAUUGUUUGAUCAGCAAAGGCCUAAAGCAGCCACCAGGAGUUUAGACUCCAAAGAGAGAUGGUCUCUUCUUUCAGCUUCCACUCUCAGGAAGCCUCUCCUCCAGGUUCAUUGCGGCUCAACCAGCAGCCUGCCAGCCAGCUAUAAAGUGCGGGAGCCACAGAUCCAGUCUGUGGCAGUUCAUAGAAAGCGCUCUACCCAGUCCGACACUGCACUCCUGCCCACUAACGUGUUCUUCCAGCGGACAUCAUCUCCAGUGACCUCCAGAGGAAGCUCUAAGACGAGCAGAUGCAGAGGACAAAAGGAGGUGGACAUGAACAAGACCCUGGAUCAGGCUAUCGAGGUGGCCCGCAGCAUGAAGAGGACUGCAGACCGGAUGGCUCAACGCCUGUCUGCUGACCUGAUCAAGGCUCAGCAGCACAGGAAGCUUCACAACAUGCAGCCACUAGGGGGCAGGACUCACCUUGGUUUCUGACAUGUUUAAUCUGCUUUUACCAUGAAAAAAAACAUUUUGUACAAAUUUCAUGUGAAACAUUUACCUUAUGUGCUUUUGUGUUAAACUGUCUAUUACUCACAUUUAUAAUAUAUACAAAAGGUAGAAAAGAUCAGCAUCUUGCUUUUUUUUACUUUAAUACCUGAAUGUAGUGUAAUUUAUUUUAAAUAGUUAUUAAUCUUUAAGUAAUCCAAACAUUUAUUGUUGUCUCUUGUAAUAUUUAAAUCUAUUUAAAAGUAAUUUAUUGGUUGUUUUUUUCUAACCAGAUACUAAAUAAAAUAAAUAAAUGUUUUGUACUGACAUCUGAAAUGAGUUUUUGGAGUGUCAACAGAUCAUAUUCUGCUGCCUCACAAACAAAGCAAAUUUUCAGUAGUAGUAUUUUUUAAAAAAAGAUAAGGGAUAUACAGUACUUAAUUAAUGCUUAUUUAUGCAUUAAUUGACAUUAAUAUAGGGACUCUCAUUAUAAAAUGUAACCAGAUAUAUUUUGAUGUUAGGUACAAACCUUUAUGUACCUUUUUGUUCCACCUUCAUAUAUUCUAAGUCCCACCAACAUACAUUGUGUUCCAGAAUGUCUUUAGCAUGAGUGAGCUCUGGUUUUUGUCUCUUUUUGCUCAUUAAACUGCUUCUGCUCAUCCCUGCUGAGAUAUAGA